CUACUUGUGACCCCAGUCUGAGCAAUGAGGGGACUGUGCAUCUGAUCGUCUCUUUUAUCCUCACAUCUGCUGAGAGCACCACCAGGCAUAAACAUGAGCAGCAUUGAAGAAGAACGUACUCAGCUAAGUGACUCAGAUUCUGAAACUAAAGAGGAGGAAGACGUCCAAGACCAAGAGAAGCCACUUUUUGCACUAGCUCCCUUUUGUGUGGAGGAAGAAGGUCCAAAGGAUGUUUCUGCAAGUCCUGCCUUUCAGUGUUUAGAUGAGCUGUUAUGUGCUGGAAAAGUUCCUGGAACCAAAGUGGCUGAGCUGAAGGCAAAUUAUACAUUAUUGUACAAUACGUUGAAAAGCAUACAGGAGUCUGAGAUACAACUUCUUCAGGAUGCUAAACGUUAUACCUACCAGCUGGAGGAACAAAAGCAGGAGCUGGAUAAAGCUGAUCAGUUUCCACAGGGGAUUAACACAGAGGUCUCCAGAAUGAGACAGCAGUUAUUAAAGUAUAACAAUGAUCUGAAUGAAGCUGAAGAGAGAGAAUACCAACUGCAGUAUAAGCUUGACUUCUUACAAGAGGAGAAAAGACUUCUAGAGAGAGAAUAUGAAAGAGUCCCAAAAGUUGCAGAGUUUGAAAAAAAGACCAAAUUGCUAAAAGAAAGUUCUGAGGAACUUCGAAAAGAAAAUACUCAGAGGAAGCUGGAAAUUAGAGCAUUGAAGGAAGAUCUGGCAUCAACAGAAAAACAGAUUCAAAAAGAACAGAAGGAGAUGGAAAUUACACUAGAACAACAGGAAACUAUAAAAGAUGAACUUGUCCAGCUGCAGAACGUUCCUGUACAACUUGGCAAAGAGAUGGAGAAGAUACAUCGUAAAAUAACGGAAUCUGAGAAGAAAAAAACAAAAUUGGAAGAAGAAUGCCAGGAGUUAAAUCUUGCCCUUAAACAAAUUGAGCUCAAAACCAAAGAGAUACUGGAAGAGAAACAGGUGGUUACAAAGGAUUUAGAGGGAAAGAAGACUUUUCUGGAAAAUAAAGAGAAAGGAUUAAAUCAUCUGACAAAGAUACUGGAGAUGGCUAAGGAAAAUGAAGCGUCUGCUUUAGAAGAAAGAGCAGCCCUAGAUCUCAAUCUGCGUCACGUUAUGAUAGAGAAGCAGACGCAGCAUGAUGCGCUGACACGUAGACAAAAAGAAAAAGAAAGGGAUUUGAGAAACAUCAAGAAAAUGGAAUUACAGUUAAAGUCUGCAAAUGAUUCGUUGGCACAUACUCAGUCUUUAUAUGAUAAAAUCAAAGCAGAGGUAGAUGCUUUCCCCAAAGAUGAUGGUACUCUUCAGGAAAAGAGAAAGGAACUGCAGAAAGAAGUUGAAGCAAUAAAAAGACAUGUUGCACAGGAGCAAACUCUGACCGAGGUGCAAGCGCAUAAACUGGAACAAUGUCUCCUUGAAGAAGAAUAUCUUGUGAAAGAGCAGGCUGAUUGCCGUGAGGAGCUCGUUAAUCUAACACGUCUUUCACAAAUCAAAGCUGACGAGAGAGAGCAGAAAUCAAGAGACCUGAUAAAAUCUCAUCAACGGUACCAGAAUGUUCUGAAAGAGGUUAAAGGGCGAGACUUGAUAAUCGGGGAGCACAAAAAGAGAAAUCAGGAAGUUCAAAAAAGACUAAAUGAAUUUUCUAAGAUGUAUAAUAUUAUACGCAACGAGAGGAAUAAGUGUGUCAGCCUGAUUCUGGUAGCUACGCAACGAGCAGCAGAAAUGCGAGAAAAGGCAAAAAUUAUUGCAAAUGAAAUUGAAAUUCUAAGAACGAAUGUUGCACUUAAAGACAGACAAUUACAAAAGACAAGAUUAAAGCAGUCCAAUAAUCACAUGGUUCGGGACAGCCUCCGGAAGGAUUUAGGCAGAGUCGGCAUCUAUUUGCAAGAAUUAAAAGAGAAAAGAGAAGAGCAAAAAAUGGAAAUUGGCAGACUCACUAAUGUGAUUAAUCAGACCGAGCAGGAAAUGAUAGAGUUGCGCAAGAAGUAUGAACGUUCGGUUAUGAACAGAAAUGCCAGGGGAGUUCAGUUAAUUGAGCGUGAAGAAGAAAUAUGCAUUUUCUAUGAGAAAAUAAAUAUCCAGGAAAUGCUGCUGAGGAACGGAGACGUAGAGAUGUCCGCCAUGGAUGGGAAGAUGCGUUUUCUGAACAUGCAGAUAAACGAAGAAAAGAGACAGAUAGAACAAGCUCAGAAAAUCCUGCCAAAUAAAAGGGUUUUAGAGUCAGAUCUGGUGAUACUUCAAAUUCAGCUUUCCCUGUGCUUUGACAGAAUAAUGGAUUUGGAAAAGCAGGCAGAAGAUCCUGAAAAAGAAAACCGGAUACGCCUGCUGGAAGGAAAGGAUCCUUCAGUGCAAGAACUUAUGAAAAAAAUUGAAGAGCUGGAGUUGCGGCUGGCAGAGAAGGAAGAGCGCUUGUUGGAGAAGGACUUCCUAUAUGAACAAAUUUCACGGCUUUCAGAGCAGGUUCGGAUCAAAGCAGAAAAUGGCAAGGACGACACCCUAACACUUGCUAAAAAGAUGAAUGAACUGCAGACGAAGAUAAAAGAGGCAACGCGUAAAUUGAUGUCUCUCAUUGCUGAAUUGUCAAUGCAGCAAGCAAAUGCCAUAAAACUCCAACAAGAGGUAAGGGACAAGGAGAAUUUUGUAGAGGCUUGCUACACUAGGAUGGGGCAAGGGCUGCCGCCGAGUGAAGAUACGGAACUUGAGUGGAAAAGGAUUGUGCGUGACGUGAGAAGACGUCAGCUGGACAAGGAAGAAAAUGCAAGAAUUGCAGAAGUGGAACAGCAACGCACAUUGUCAAGUGGUGUGUUCACCACAGCUGAACAGCGCCCCAACGCGUACAUCCCUGAGAAUGAAAAUGCCCUUCCUCUACCGCGGCCCUACGGAGGUCUAGCACCGUUCAAACCGAGCGAGCCUGGCUCAAACAUGCGGCACAUACGGAAGCCAACUAUAAAACCUAUUGAAAUCUAAGACUGCAGCCAAAUCAUGCUUAUAUUAUUACUUAAUUAAUGACCAUUGUGAUGGAUUUUAAGAGAUGCAGAGAGAAAAUGAAGAAUAUGUAUGGACACGAUGGGCUCCGCCAGCCACAGCCUUGCACAAAAACAUAAGGGACACUGUACUUACAAUUAUUCUUUCAUGUUAUGGAAGAGCAGCUAUUGAAUAUUCCCCCCCCCCUGGUCUCUCAUUGGCUGAGAAGGUCAACUGCCUCUGAUUUACUGGUGGAGGGCGACAUGCCUCUAAGUACAGCAAGAAAACCUUCAUUUAUUCCGACCAGUUGCAUGUGUCAAGUUAAUGAAGAAUGUAAUAUUUUCACAAGAAGUCUAUAAUAAAAGUAUUUCUUAAAGUGUUUGUUUAAAUUAUUGCCAUUAAAUAUGAAAUAAAGUGUGAAAUAUUUAA